CAUGUUUGUUUGUCCUAAAAGAUAUUUGUUUGUAAUUUAUACACGCUGUCUGUUCGUAAAUAUCAAGUAGCCUGUGUUAAAAAAAACGACAGACCCUUGCUCCCGACCCGGGAUAUUUUAAUCAGGCACAAUGAGAGCAAUGUAUUAGCUAAUUACUUUGCAGCGCACAAUGGCGUAGAUGUUUUAAACCAGGCGUGGAAUACGAAUGAACAUGUCAAUAAUCUGUAUAAAGUUUGCGUAGAUUGUCUACUUAACUUUGCAACAUGAAAGUAUAGAUGUGGUCAUGUUUGCCCUGGUCUUCGCCUUGGGAUCGGGUAGCCUACAUUUCAGUCCCGGAGCAAACAAAAAUGACAGCUAUGUAGCGCUGGCUAUUCCCGAUGAUGUGCAAAAGGCGAGAAACUUGUGAGCUGAGUAAGGUGAUGGAUUGUACAAAUCAUCGUUGGGUGACCAGUUCUACCAGGAGGCCAUUGAGCACUGCCGCAGCUACAAUGCGCGCCUGUGUGCGGAGCGGAGCGUGAGGCUGCCCUUCCUGGACUCCCAGACGGGCGUGGCCCAGAACAACUGCUACAUCUGGAUGGAGCGACACCAUCGGGGGCCUGGGAUGACUGCAGGGCAGAUGUACACUUACCCGGCUCGUUGCUGGAGGAAGAAGAGGAGGCUUCACACCUCUAUGGACCCGCGGCUUCGCCUGUGUGGGCUGCAGCUCGAUGGAGGGCUGUCUGCCAGGGAGUCUCUGCCAUCCCAGGGAACCACUCUGGAGGCGCUGCUGAGGGGGGAUGCCCUGGACAAGAGGGGCCGAGAUGAGGAGAGCCUGCUGGAGAUCCAGAGGGUUCUAGAAGCCGACGCACAGGAGGACGGUUACCAUGACGACGACGACUUUGAAGUGGACACGCCGAAGCGGAAACACAGAGGCAAAGGCAGGGGUCGAGGGUCAGGCCGGCGAAGGAAUGAUGCCAACGCGAUGGACGAUCAGGACAAGCCAUACGUCUGUGACAUUUGUGGGAAGCGCUAUAGGAACCGCACAGGGUUGAGCUAUCACUACGGCCACGCCCACUUAGAGCAGGAGGGACCAGGGGAGAAGGACUCGGAACCGUCACAGUCUCCGCCCACUCAUCGCCCCCGGAAACACCCAAAAGGCCCUGAUGGGAGACUGGUUGCCAAUAGCAACCACUGCAGUGCGUGCCUGGGGAAAUCAGCCUCCAGCAGGAGGACCAGCAAGUCAGGAGGCCCGGCGCCCUGCUCCAAGUGUGGUCGAUCAGCAGGUGGUGCUGUGGAGAAGGAGGCGGCGCGGCCUGUCGUCGGUGCGGAGGAGCUCUUUGGCUCCACGUCUGAGAGCGACACCUCCACCUUCCUCGGCUUCGAGGAGGACGACCUCGACGAAGAGCGCACGACCAACGGCAGCGAGACUUCUGCGCAGUGCAGAUAGAGAGCACACACUCAUGCAAAAAAAUAUACCACACAUACACACACACACACACACACACCCCCACACACACACACACAGCAAACACAACAUGACUUUCUCAAACCAGAGACACUUUUAACAAACUCUCCAGUUAAAAAAAAAAAAAGAAGAAGAAAAAUGAAAAAUGAAAAAAAAAAAAACCUGCUGCUUUUUAAUUGUCAUCCUGGCCGUUGUUUUUGCAGAAAGCACAAGUAAUGAUUUCAGAGAAGAAAUGCAAGUGUUGUUUUAUGAUUACUGGAAACUUUAAGCCUUUUUGAAUAAGUUAUAAACUUGUUUUUUUAUUAUUGUUAUUUAAAUAAGGAGAGUGUGGAGCUGACAGGCUGAGUAUCCUAAUGAAGGCGCCACUCUUCAAGUGAAACAAAGGAACCGUUGUCUGUUGGGAUGCUUUUUUCCCUGUAGGACAAAUUUCAACUUGUUUUUGCAAACAAAAACACUGGAACAUGUGGAUUUCAUUUUAUAGUGUUUCUGGGAUAAUUUGCCAGCUAAAUGAAAUUUUAAAAAAAUUAUAAAUAAUAAACUAUUGUGGUAAGAAGAAGAAGAAGAAGUCAGAAGGAACUUCUGCUGUAAGUUGACUUGGAAAUGCCUGUGGUAUGAAGAGUGAGGAAGACAUGACUCGACUGUUUUGGAUUACCGGGCUUCGACCAUGAGAGGGUCAAGAAGUUGACAACAUCCAGUCCGACGGGGUUUUGCAUUGACAUUUGGGGGAGGGUCAAGACUGUGAUGGCCUACAGCUGUGAAGGACGGAGUGCUGUGGUGUGGGGCUCAAUCAUCCUGCCCUCUGAUUGGACAGACCAGCCCGGACCCCUGCAAACACACACAGACCCCCCUCAGACUCCUCCAGACACACACAGAUCCCUAUUCACCCCCGCCAGACAUACAAAUCCCCAUCCACUCCCUGGACACCAGAGGCCCACUCACUGAACUCAAGGGCACCUGCAAGUGAUUUGAUUUGAAGUUUUGUCUCUUUUUUUUUUUCUGUUCUUUUUUUUCCUGCUGAAGCUUUUCUGACUGGAGUUCAGAGCAGCCCCUGUCUCCGCGUCCCCUGCGUGGAGGACUGGUGUGGACCAAUCAGAGCAGCCCGUGUCUUCGUGUCCCCGGUGUGGAGGACUGGUGUGGACCAAUCAGAGCAGCCCGUGUCUUCGUGUCCCCCCUUGUAGAGGACUGGUGUGGACCGAUCGGGCCUCACACACGUGUCAGAAACAAUGGACUUGACCCUUAACCCUUAACCCUCCUCUUUCAAGGAAAAAAAAAAAGAAGAAGAAAACGACAUGAAGGAUAGAAAUGAAAUCGAACUGAUUUGUAUUUAACGAGUGUCACCGCUUUCCUCCCGAAGCCCUUGUGUUUUUCUUUCUUGUUUUGUCUACCUAAAAAUCUGCUUUGCUUACUAUUAUUGUAGGUGUCUUUGCACAUAAGACUAGUGGCCAUCGAAGGAUUAAAAGCCAGAUGUUUUUUUUUUUAAAAGCAAACAAACAAACACACACACACACACACCAGACUUGAACCCUUGUCUAUGCAUGAGAAACUCAACGGAAUCAGCCUGGGCAAGCGUGGUCUGGCUACACUGUUAUUGUAUCGCCACUGAACUGCUGCGGUCACCUGAGGCUGGCUAAGGGUCCUUGACCAAACUAAUGAGGAAUCAUUUAAUCAGCUAACAGAAUCCCCUGGCUGUGUUUUUCUAAUGGUUCCCAUUCCCAAAGGAUGGAGGCUCGCAAACUAAGGACACGUGCAGGUGCUCAGUACCAAGGCGUUUGCUGAUGGUGUUGGGGUGGAGGGUUUACUGUUGGGUGGCUCUGGAGCUAUGCUCUGGCUGUGCAGGCCGCUAAGCUAGGCUAGGCUAAGCUAAGCUAGCACUUAUGCAGGCUGCUACGCUCAGCUAGGCUAAGCUAGCGCUAAUGCAGGCUGCUAGGCUAAGCUAGCUCUAAUGCAGGCUGCUAGGCUAAGCUAGCGCUAAUGCAGGCUGCUAGGUUCAGCUAGGCUAAGCUAGCUCUAAUGUGAAGUGACACAUCAACGUCAUUAAGUUCAUCACUGUGCUUCGACUAGGACGCUCAUAGGAAACAAAGUGACAGCCAUAACUGAAAACCCAACUGGAUCAGUCUCUCGCUCACUGACAGACACACACACAAACAGACACACACACACACACACACACACACACCCUCUCCACUGCAUCACUCA